CAGAGGGGGAAUAUACACAGGGCAACGCAACUGCCUGUGCGUCUCUGUGUGUGUGGGGAGAGACAGAGAAGCCAAGGAAAGAAAGGCAGGAAGAGAGGGAGGGAGGCAGGCAGGAUCUGUAUGGUCCAGGAGAGCAUGGUGACCAUGGAGAGCUUCUCGUUGUCUCUGGUGGCCGUGGGGUCGGCGGCCGCGCUGGUCUACCUGUGCGUGGCCGCGUGGGUGAGCUGGCCGCGCCGCGUCGGCGAGAUCUUCCGGCGGCAGGGGAUCGACGGGCCGCCGCCCUCGUCCUUCCUCAUGGGCAACCUCUCGGAGAUGCAGGCGCGGGUGCAGCAGCACGCCGUCGCGUCGGCGGCGGAGGACGGCGCCGGCGACCUCCACAAGGGCGACGGCUUCGACGACUACUGCAAGCGGAUCUUCCCCUACUUCGACAAGUGGAGGAAGGCGUACGGGGACACGUAUCUGUACUGGCUCCGGCAGCGGCCGGCGCUGUACGUGACGGACCCGGAGCUGAUCCGGGAGAUCGGCCGGUGUGUGUCGCUGGACAUGGGCAAGCCGACGUACCUGCAGAAGGGCCAGGAGCCCAUCUUCGGCGCCGGCGUCCUCAAGACCAACGGCGCCUGCUGGGCGCGCCAGCGCAAGGUCAUCGCGCCCGAGUUCUACAUGGCCAAGGUCAGGGGCAUGGUUGGGCUCAUGGUCGCCGCGGCGCAGCCGCUACUGCGUUCGUGGGAGGACUCCGUCGACGGUGCCAAGGGUGGCGUCGCGGCGGUGGACGUCGACGCCGACAUCCGGAGCUUCUCCUUCGACGUCAUCUCCCGGGCCUGUUUCGGAGACGACCACUCCAGGGGGAGGGAGAUCUUCCUCCGGCUCAGGGCGCUGUCCGGGUUCAUGUCCGAGCCCAGCGUCAUCUUCACCAUCCCGUCGCUGAGGUAUCUCCCGACGGCGAAGAACCGGAGGAUCUGGAGGCUCACGCAGGAGAUCCGAUCACUGAUCCUGGAGAUCGCGAGGGGGCGCCGGGCGGCCACGGGGGACUCGCCGGGGCCCGACUUCCUGGGGUCCAUCAUCGACAACAGCGGCGACCAGCCGCGGCCGGACGACUUCGUGGUGGACAACUGCAAGAACAUCUACUUCGCGGGGCACGAGACGACCGCGGUCACCGCUACCUGGUGCCUCAUGCUGCUCGCCGCCCAUCCGGAGUGGCAGGACCGCGCGCGCGCCGAGGUGCUCGACGUCUGCGGGGGCGCCACCGGCGCCGCGGACCCGGACUUCGACAUGAUCUCCAGGAUGAAGACGGUGGGCAUGGUUGUGCAGGAGACGCUGCGGCUGUUCCCGCCGUCGUCGUUCGUGGUGCGGGAGACGUUCGGCGACAUUCGGCUGGGCCAGCUGCUCGCGCCCAAGGGCACCUACCUCUUCGUGCCGGUAUCCACCAUGCACCACGACGCCGCUUCUUGGGGCCCGACGGUGCACCGGUUCGACCCGGACCGGUUCAAGAACGGGGUGGCGGCGGCGUGCAAGAACCCGCAGGCGGCGUUCAUGCCGUUCGGCCUCGGCGCGCGCACCUGCCUCGGCCAGAACCUCGCGAUCGUCGAGGUCAAGACGCUCCUCGCCGUCAUCCUCGCGCGGUUUGCCAUCGCGCUCUCGCCGGACUACAGGCACUCCCCGGCGUUCCGGCUAAUCAUCGAGCCGGAGUUCGGGCUGCGCCUCCACAUACGCCGUAUUGAUGCUACUGCUACUCAGGAUGGCUUUGUGAAGUCCAACGAUCGACUAGUUAGCUAGCACAUGAAAGAAAAACACCGACCGGAAAUCAAAAUGUGGCGUGAGCGUGACUCUACUCAUAUGAGCUAUGAUAACCCCGAAGCAACAUUUGUCUGCAAAAACUGAAUUAAUUGAUGAGUUACAUUGUUA